AUGGACUUGGACAUCCCACAAGCCUUCCAGAAAGAACUCAUCUGCCUCAUCUGCCUGAAUUGCCUUACAGACCCAGUCACCAUAGACUGUGGGCACAGCUUCUGUUGGCCCUGUCUCUGUCUUUACUGGGAGAAAGCCGAGACUCCCGCCUGUUGCCCAGUGUGCAGGAAACCAUCCCAAGAGACAGAAUACAAAACCAACAUUCUUCUGAAGAAUCUGGUGUCCAUUGCCAGAAAAGCCAGACUCAGGCAAUUCCUGAGCUCUGAGGAACAUAUGUGUGGGACCCACAAGGAGACAAAGAAGAUCUUCUGUGAAGACAGCAGGAGCCUGCUGUGUGUGCUCUGCUCUGAAUCUCAGGAGCACGAGGCUCACAGUCACCGUUCAGUGGAAGAGGCCGCUGAGGAAUACCGGGAGAAGGUUUCCAAGCAAAUGAGGUCUUUAUGGGAAAAGAUGCAAGAAAACCAAAGAAAUCUCGAUAAAGAUGGCAGAAUAUCUUUACAUUGGAUGUGCCAUGUGUAUGGACACGAAGACAUAACCAAGGCUGUUUAUCAGCCACUGCAUCCCGUCCUCCACGAGGAAGAAAAACAACAUUUGGAGAGUCUGAAAAGGGAAGGCAACAUGAUGCUUAAUCAACUCAAGAAAAUUCGGGAGGAGAUGAUUGCAACGAGGAAAUGGCUAAGACUGAUGUUUGAAGAGCUCAUGAAAGUGUGCCAUAAACCAGAUGUGGAGCUGCUCCAGGAAUUAGGAAACAAACUGACCAGGAGUGAGUCAGCGCAGCUGCACAUGCCUCGGCGUCCGCAGCCAAAACUCAGUGCCCGACCCGUCACUGGACUCCUGGACAGGCUCAACCGCUUCCGAGUGGAAAUUUCCUUCCAUAAUGGAGUAACCAAUGACGAUAUCAGGCUGUUGGAUGACGUGAGAAGUUUGAGGUACAUGCAUGACUAUCCAUAUGUGUCUUUGAAUCCCGGGACAUCAAACUAUUUUGCUUCCUGGGGAACCCAGAACUUCACCUCUGGAAAACACUACUGGGAGCUGCACGUGGACGCAUCUUGGGACUGGGCUCUAGGCGUCUGUAAGGAUUCCUGGAUAAGGAAGACUGGCACACUGGUUGAAUCGGAGGAGACAUUUCUUCUUGUAUGUGUGAAGGAGGAUAAUCGUUACAGUCUCUGGACCAACCCCCCGACACAACCUCGGUUCACAGAGAAACCUGUGGGCCGGGUUGGUGUGUUCCUUGAUUUAGACCGUGGCAGUAUGAGCUUUGUGGAUGUUGCAAAGCGCUCCAUCAUUUGGAGGUACCCAGAUGGCAUGUUCAGUUUCCCUGUCAGGCCUUUCUUUUGCACUGGCCACGCAUGA